GUCAGUGCGGUAAGCGAACCCGUUCGCCACUCCUGUCAGUCGAUUUUAUGUUGUUCUCUUGAUGAAACAUGUCAUUGAGAGUUGGAGCAAGGGUUGAAAUAAGUGGGAAGGACUGCCAGGGUGAAAUUGCCUGGAUCGGACAUCCAUCCUUUGCGGCUGGCAAAUGGAUUGGGGUUAUUCUGGAUGAGCCGAAGGGGAAGAACAAUGGGACGAUCAAAGACAAAUCGUACUUUCAGUGUGCAGAGAAUCAUGGAAUGUUCGUACGCCAGAGCCAGGUGGUGCUUUUGGACAGCGCUGGGAACAGGCAGGAUCCAACAAGCCCCAGCUCGGCUGGAAGUGCUGCAACCACUCCUGAUGAUGGGGCCGCCAGGGCCCGAAGUCGACUCAACAGCACAAGCAUCCGCAGGAGAAACGAGCCCACCGCCGUUAGGAGAAAAACAUCUCCCGCCCAACCUAGUCGUCAGCAUACCGAGAAACUCGCUGGUUCGAGGCUGUCCUUGGCGGGCAGCAGAACUCAAUUGAGCACCCAGAGUAUAGAGAACCUUACAGGUUCAAUUCACGAGAGGAAAGAUGCCAUUGAAUCUGGAAUUCCAGUUCCAACUACUGUAAAACGUGCGUCAUUCGUGGAGAGGUCCCCUAGCACGAGCUCGCCUACCGGCAAAAGGGCAAAGGCUCAAGACGAUCGCAAUAAUACCGGAUUUGUGGAAACUCUGAAGCCACACUUUGUGCCUGGACAAGCUAUGGCUGGCUCCAUGUCCAGUGCCUCCAAUAUCGAGGAGAAACUCAGUCAUCUUCAGCUUGUUCAGGAGAAUGAGAAUUUGAAAGCACAGGUCAGUGAUUUAUCUGAGAAAGUGGAAACACUUAGGGUGAAGAGGAUGCAGGACAAGGAACGCAUGAAGGAUUUCGAGAAGACAAAACUUCAAUUUGAACAAUUGCUGGAAUUCAAGUCGAAGGUUAUGGAGAGCCAAGCUAGCCUCCAACGAGAGCUCCAAAGAGCUCGUCAAGAAGCCCGCGAGGCUCAGCACGCGAAGACUGUUUACCAAGAAGAAAUGGCAGACCUCUCAGAAACCGUAGAAAUGGCAACUCUCGAUAAAGAGAUGGCCGAAGAAAAAGCAGAGACUCUCCAGAUCGAGUUGGAGCAGCUGAAAGAAAAAUUGGAGGAGAAAACUCUUGAUUUGGAAAUCUUGAGAACAGAAAUGUCCGAGAGAACUGGUGGUCCAGUAUCCUCAGGAGCACCAUCGAGUUUCGAAGUAAAACAACUAGAACAGCAGAACACUCGUCUCCGAGAUACUUUAGUGAAAAUGCGAGAUUUGUCAGCCCACGAGAAACACGAGUUCCAGAAGCUCCAGAAGGAUUUAGAUCAGAAGAAAUCGGAAAUUCUAGAGCUGGGAAGAACCAAGGAGAAACUAUCAGCUAGAGUCGAGGAGAUGGAGCAUCAGAUAGCAGAUCUCCAGGAGCAGGUGGACGCAGCACUAGGCGCUGAGGAGAUGGUCGAGAUGUUAGGUGAGAGAAAGAUGGCUCUUGAAGAACGCGUGGCACAACUGGAAGAGGCAGUUUCUGAUCUUGAACAGCUCCAGGAUAUGUCAGAUCAAUUGGCAGAGUCCUCGAAAGAACUGGAACUGGAAUUACGUGAGGAAUUGGAUAUGGCAUUGGCAGCAUCACGUGACGCCCAGCGCCACAAGGACGCAGCUUUAGAGACAUUGGCAGAUCGUGAGAUGACAAUUACAAAAUUCCGGGAACUGACAAAUCAACUGCAGGAGCAAUGCCUCCAGCUCCAAAAUCGUGUGCAAUUGACAGAAUCCUCUCAAUCAGGGGGCCCGGACCAGCAACUGGCUGAGAUCCUCGAUUUCCAGAAGACAUUUGCUGAGUCUCGAGCACAAACGAAAGCUGUUGAUCUCGAGCUGAGACGUUUAGAUGCCGAGGAAGCUAGAAAUCACGUUAAAUAUCUCCUCUCCUUCAUGCCUCCAGCCUUCCUAACUCGAGGAAACGAUCACGACGCUAUCAUGACACUUUUACUCAUUCCCCGGAUGAUCCAGAAGACCGAAAUAAUAAUCUCCCAGGUCAGGGAUAAAUACAAUGCAAUAGACAAAGUCGAUAAGUCUGGAUUGUUGAAGGGGCAUUCAGUCGCUCAGUAUGCGUUUAGAAGUCGUCUUUGUGGCCAUAUGUACGCUCUCCAGACAUCCCUAGGUAGUUUCGAAUCCAGUUUGAACGUAUGUUCACCGGAGGUUCUUCUCAAGGUGGGUGCAGCCUAUCCUGAGAUGGCAGCCCAGGAAAAAUCCCUGGACUUCUUAAUUCAACUCGCCAAAAAGGACCAGCUGGAUGAAAAUGUACCGAUGGAUGGCAUUGAGAAGUGUUGUACCUACUUCUCCAACAUGUACCCAGUAAUGUUUGGGGACAAUACUUUAGCUAAUCAGGCGAAAAUGGUGAUAAAUGGCACGAGGACUCUGGGAAGUCUUUGCAAUGCAAUUGUCACAGAGGCAACAUCAGUCAAAGCUCUUCUUGAAGGAGAGGGUGGGGAUAUUGGGCUUCUCUGUCAACAUAUCGAAACCACAGGUGAGGUAAUACAGAAUAAUCUCAACUCAGCACGACGCAGGGUACCUAGGGACCACACGAACACAACCACUACUGGAUUGAACCUAGGACUCGACAAAGACUGGCCCGAGCAGUUCGCCAAUUGCUACCAGAGCGCAGUCAAGAUCACCAAGACCCUGCAGGAUCUAUUGAAGACAGCUCUUCAAACCAUUAUCACUAAUGGAGAUCUAGACACUGGAUUGACUGCUGAAAAGCUCAAAGAAAUGGCAGCAAUGUCCACGGAGAGGAUCUACGAUACUGAAGAUCUUGGUCCAGUGGCCACUGUCAAGGGAAGCUUAACUAUUGUCCACCAAAUGGCGACAAAUUUGGCCCAGAAGAUGGCAGAAUGCGAGAAUGAACUGGCAAUCGCUGGCAAUACAGCCCAGACAGCUGACGCCAAUGCUGAUGUCAUUUCGCCCAUUCAGUUGAGAGCUCAGGUGGUUCGAAAGGAGUCUGAGGAGACGAAGAUCCUGGCCAGAAAACUUGAGACGAGAGACGUCGAUAUUCGGGAAGCUAGACUAGCUCUUCGAGAAAAACAAGAGGAACUAUCGGAGAUGGUAUUGAGAAAAGAACUCGCUGAAAAGAAACUGGCGACCCAACAGCAUGAUCACGAGAUGAAUAUCGAUAAACUGAAGCGAAAACUCGAGGAGGCGCAGAAUCAAUUGAAACGAAAGGAAAAGGAGUUCGAGGAGACUAUGGAUCAUUUGCAGACGGAUAUUGAUAGUUUGGAAUCGGAGAAGGGACAGUUGAAGGAGAAGUUGAAGUCGAUUGGCAAGAAGGUGACAACUCCCGUAACUGGAAUACCUUCUGGAGCGGAGGGUUCGAUGAAUGUUUCAGCAGAGAGUGUACCACCAGGAAGUCCACUCGGUUAUGACAAUAAAUUAUUGGUGCAGGAGAUUGCUGCUUUGAAGGAGGCCCUCAACAAUGAGAACAGAAUAAAACGUAAAUUGCUUUCUGAAUCUCUGAGAAAUAAGUUAGCAUCUCUGGAGCCACUGCCAGUAGUUCCCCCAGUCAAGGUGGACUCUAAAAUCCAGGAACUGCAGCAGAAGAGGCUUCAACUGCUGAAGGACGUACAACAGGCGUUGGUUUAUCCUGUUGUUCCUGAUUUGAGUAGAACUCGGGCUGAUAAAGAGCCUCCAGUCUUGGAGAAGGCUACACCUGCUUAUGAACUCAUCAAGAGGCAGAUGACUAUGAAGGCGCUGAUGGGCAGGGCUGAGGAGCUUUCCAAUGAGGUCAGGGAGGCUGCCAUCCGCAGGACUUUGGGGGGAAGGGCUCCUGCCAGUUUUGCCGUAUUUCCGAAUAAAGAAAUGUCAGCUGCUAUGAAGGAGAGGGACUGCCUGAUGGCAGCCAAGAUUUGUAUUCCCUACGAGGGGCCUUCUGCUGCACACAAUAUCAACGUUGGCACCGACGAAUUACGCAAGAUUCACUCGCUUCUGUGUUAUUUAAAAGAGAAACCACGUGAUGCUUUAACAUUAAAUGCUCUGUUGAGGAAUUUUAAUGAGUGGUCAACUGAUUUCGACUCUUCGGAAUGUAUUUAUUUGCCUGUGUUCAGAUACACACAUGUGUAUCUCGCUUCCGACCGCCACCAUUCGCGAAACUCUGGCGCUACAAUCGAAACGAACAUGGCUGGCGUUGGAGCGAAAAAAGAAGAGAUGUCGGAGGCAACAGUUACCAGUGAGGAAUCUGCGUAUCGAGCUAAAUACUACAAAAGUGUCACAUCGGUGUCAAAACAAGAGGUGUUCUGCUCGUCGUGUGGUAAUAUUAUCAGUAAUCACAACUAUCAUGCGCAUCCUAUUUUAGAGAUUCUACAGUGUCAGGCCUGUAGUGACGUGUUCCGUGGUCUUACGUCUCGUGUGAAGGGCAAAGCUUGGAAAAAGAGAUGCCUGAUGUGUGGAUCUGACCAAUGUCAAACCCUAUUUCCAUGCCCAGUGAAAGAUUGUCCGUACUCAUUCUGCAAGAACUGCAUCAAAAGGAAUGCAGCAAGUGCACUUCUGGUGGCAGACAUGAAAAACUGGAAGUGCUUCGUCUGCCGAACAAAUCCACUAUGGGAGGCACGAGGCAUCUGCGUCACCCUUAUGUCAGCAUCCUCCAGAAGGAGGAAAAAACUAAAAACGGUACGUGAAGAAUCCUCCGAAGACGACGACUUUGAUGAUAUAAAAACUCAAAUGUUGUCUAAAAAGACCUCUAGAGUAUCAAGAGUAUCAGAGUCCAAAUCCUCAUCGAAUGUUCGAAGAAGAAGACCCUUACGAAAUUCCUCAAAGUCAGGGGUGAAUGAAAUUCAUGAAGAAAGUGACAAUGAUAUCGAAAUGGUAUCGGUAGUAAAGUUGGCGAAGUCGUCUCAACAGAGGACAACGAAAACCUUGAAUAGAAAAGACUCCCCGGAAAGGAGUUCCGUCGAGAGGAAUACGACUCCAGAGCCAUCGGGACAUCAGAGCAAAUCCGCUUUCCCUAUUUCGAGGAGGAAGAUUCGAGCAGGAUCCACAGACUCGAAGAAGGGCACACAAAAAUUCACUCAGCAUUUAGAAAAGUUUAAACGACAAAAUUCAGACUCGUCAUCUGGAAAAGAGUUUACACAAAAGAAAAUUAUCAGGGAGAGUUACGUUACCCUUCAGAGGCUUUCAACACUCGAACAAGACUUUACUCAUUCCCCUGACGAGACUGACAGUCCUCAGGGAAUGGUAUUAUCUAAUCAACAGAUAUUCUCCCUGAAGUGCUCCAUCCAGGACUUCAUUCACAACCUAAAGUCGGCUUCCAAAAAGAUGAUUGAGGCUGCUGAUUCUCUUCAAAGGCAGUACUCUCAGAAGGAGACGAUCAGACCCGCGGAGGCGACCAAGUGGAUAGUAGAGUGCAAAAGUACAGUUGCAUCCUUCAAAAAAAAGAUCGAUGACAAUGAGCACACCCUUGUCAACAAGUUUGGUAGCUGGUGUAAAAAGACAAAGAUCAAAAAUAUUUUUAUCAGUGCUAAUGGGAUCGAUGAAUCUGUGACACCAUCACGAACUGAUCUGCAUGAUAGAGGGAAGAGGCGAGGCAUUGUUCCUUCUUCGAGUGAUGAUGAUGAGAAGGAAACCACUGAUGACAGGAAGACAUCAUCGAUGUCGAAGACUCCGGAAGUGUCGGAUUGUGAAAGUGCUGAGAUAUUUACUCAGGAUGAAGAGGCUCACAGUAGUAAGACUAAGAGUAAAAGCAGAAGGCAGAGUAGGACUGAUAAAAUUCUUUCGCCAGUUGAUGAAGAGAUGAAUGGAGAUACGAGUGAUGCCGAGCAUCGGGAAUCCUCAUUACGUUCUUCUUCAGUGGUUUCAGACGUUAUCGUUGAGGCUAAUAGCAGUAAGAUAACGGGAACUGAUGCCGAAAAGUCUUCCAAUGAUGACAUGUUCGCCGAUUCAGAGGACGAGAGGAAAAGCCGUAAGACGGAGAGACAAGGUAAGACAGAAAAAAUUAGACAGCAAGAGGAAUUGAGUGAUUCUGCCAAUGCACAGGAAGAGGUCUUCGUCCCAGGCCCGAAGUGCAGCAAAAAAUCAAGGAAGAGCAUAGAAAAGGUGGGAAGUAUCACAUCUCGUGAAAAAUCAUCAGAUUCCUUGCUGCUCUGUGAAGACGAAAAUGACGAGAAGAAUAAUGAUAAAAAGAAGAACAAAAGGGCAACGUUAUCCGUAACUGACUCUGAGGAUGAUCAGAAAUCAAAGAGAAAACCCAGAACCAAAUCUUUAAAAUCAUCAGAGGGAAAGAAGAAGACUGAAUCUCAGGAAAAUAAGGAAAACAGAGGGAAACCACCAUCGUUGAUGGACUCCGAUACUUCAGCAGAUGAAGCCAAAAGGAAAAAAUCGAAGGCUGUGAGGAAUAGAAGCAAAGGCCAAUCACGAAUUUCCUCCGAUAACGAAAAAAUAAGCCGAUCUGAUAACAAAAAGAAAAAGAUGAAGGGAUCGACUCCAAUCAGCUCAGACGUUGAUGCGUCAAACGACGAUGGAAAAUUGGUUCAACCAGUCGAAGAGAAGUCUGACACUGUGGAAAUGACAAAUGAACCAUCUAGCCACCAACCUGAGUACUCUUCUGAACAAGAUCUAAGGAUGGAUCUGAGUGAUACACCUGAGAAGAAUGAAAAACCUUCAGCUGUUGGUGAAGAUAACAAUGCCCAUUCAGCUGCAGUCCCAGCAGAUGCAAAUACCGUAGAAGCAAAUAAAUCUAAAGACAAAAGUGGAAACGAAGGGAAAAAGAAAAAGAAGAAGUCCCAGGAAAAGAAACCUCUGUCCUCAGGGGUAUCUGAUGGUGAAAUAAACAGAUUAGGACUGAGUUCGGACUGUUCGUUUGUCACAAUAGAAGAGCCUAGUUCUCCAGGGGAUACAUCCAGCAAACGCAACGAUCCAGUUGCCGAGGCUCCUGACGAUACAGAGCUCGCCAUUAAUACGUCACCAAAUUCCAUCACAUCAGAGAUUCCUACAAUCGCAUUAGACCAAUCAGAAUCAGGCGAGAAGGAUCCAGAUGAGGCGGAGAAGCAGGCGAAGGCAAAUUUGCUUGAGAGUUCAUCUGAUUCUGAAGAUGAAGAUGAAGAUGAGAUUUCCGAACUAUUGGUUGAAAAAUCCAAGGAGCGUUUAAAAGAAUCUGAAUCUAAAGAGGAUAGUGGCACUGAAAAACCACCUGAAGAGUCAGAGGUGGAUGAUAAAUCUAAGAGGAAAGAUUCUGCCAAACUUGCUACUCAUGAUGAUGUAGCUAUGGAAGUUGUGAACGAGCGGGCUGGUUCAUCAAACGAGGACGAAGUUGUUGCAUUAGAUAAAGCUGAGAAAUCCAUUGAGGAACGGCCGUCGGAUUGUGAACGAAAAGCCAAGGAAGCCCUAUUGAACUCAGAUUCAUCGUCAGACGAUGAUCAGACGGAGGAAUCACCGGAAAAAUCAUCGUCAACGGGAGUACAAAUUGAGGAGACGACGAAAGACUCACUUCUUGAGCCAGACACUUCUUCAGAUAAAAUAUCAGAUGAUACUGCUUCCAAGGGGCAGAAGAAGGAAGCUUUGGCUUCAAGUCUCCCUGUGAAUGGUCCAGGCACUUCCAACACGAAGGAAACUGAUGAGAUUUCACAGAAAUCGGGAGAUGAGGUAGAACAUUCUGAUAAAAACUCUGAUGGACCCAAGGAGAACGAAAAAUCACAAUCAGGUUCUUCGAUAGCCGGAAAACCAUUAGAUCCCAAACUCAGUUCCGAAUCAAAAAAAUUAGGUAAUAAUACAAUGAGAGAUAUUAUGGAGGAAAUGGAAAUAUUGUCAGAUCAGGAAGAUGCGGAGGGAGAUAGUAAGGAGCUGAAACUUCCUCUGAAGAAGCCAGCACAUGCCAAGGAUGAAGAUUCCGAUAGUACGGCCUCCUCAACUCCACGGGUGAAAAAAAGAAAGCUCAGUAUAAGAAAUUCAGAAUUUUAUAAAAACGAUAAAAAACUCAGGAUGAAAUGCUCGGUGGUGGUGAACAGGCUCUCGAACAGUAUUCUCAGGCGUCAUGCAAGGGCAUUGAAAAAAUCUAAAGAGUAUCUUGAGGAUAAAAAAUUCAAAAGCUUAACAGCUCUAGAUGGCCUGGAGAGGAGCCGUAAGCGGCAGAAGGGGAAUACCUCGGAUGUUUCAGACACAUCGAUCAUAAGAUCAAAAAAGAAGACGCUUAAAGAGGCUGAAGAUACCCUCGUGGAUCAUCUCAACGUGAACGGAGAGAAAAUUAACCCUGAUGACAGUUCCAGCAGUGACCAGGACACUGAGAAUCACGAAAAAUCACAGCCAUCUGGCGAUCUACAAUAUAACGCUGAGCGGCUUGCCAAGAGCACCCUGAUGGAGUCGUCGGACGAUGAUAAGGCCGCGGAAUUGUCCUCAGACGAUGAAUCAGUCAAAGAAAGCACGCAAAAAUCAGACCAAUCGAAGGAGAAGCCUUCCACAAGUGCGAGUACCUCCUCGAAGUCCAGCAAAGCAGAUUGGAAAAAGAGUAAACUCUUAACGAUGAAACUAUCCUCAUCAGACGAGGACGAAAAAUCCCGGAAGUUCGACAAGAAAGUUCAGAGGCUCUCCCAGAAGGACUCUGACAAUUCAGACUUUCAGGAUGACACCAAGAAGAAGAAGAAAGUGAGGAGACGCCGUUUAAAUUCGGACUCUGAUGUAAAAUUGACCGACGAGGAGCCCUCGAAUGAUUCCGAUGGCCCCAUAAAGUCCUCAAAAGCCGAAAAGAAAGGGAAGAAACGAUCGAAGAAGACGGACAACUCCUCUGAUUCCAGUGAAUCAUUAAAGAGCAAACGACCAAAGCCCAAAAGACGUAGAGUUCGAACAGCUGGGACUGAUAGUGACAGUGAUGCUGAGGAUAUUCCUAACUCCCAAGGAUCCCCUAAUAAGUCAGGAAGAAAAAACAUCAGGAGAGUUAUUAAGGACACGAAGGUAGCUGAUGACACUAAGCAGGCUGCCAAGCAGGAGGAGGAGCGGCUCAAGAGAAUGGCAGAGCGUCAGAAGCUUUAUAAUGAGAUGUACGAGGCUAGACUCGCUGGUGAGGAGAAGGUUGACAAGCUGAUUCUGGACUUCGAUGAGGAAUCCAAGGAGAUACUCCUCAGUGUGAACGAGGGAUUGGUCAAGAGGCUGAAGCCUCACCAAGCCCAGGGAAUUAAAUUCAUGUGGGACGCUUGCUUCGAGUCACUGGAACGAGCUAAAUCCACUUCAGGGUCUGGUUGUAUCCUCGCACAUUGCAUGGGUCUGGGAAAAUCCUUUCAGGCUGUGACAUUGACUCAUACCGUUCUGGUAAAUUCUGAAAAGACUGGUGUUCGUACUGUUCUGGUUGUGUGCCCCUUGAGUACAGUAUUGAAUUGGGUGAAUGAGUUUAAGAUUUGGCUGAAUGAGGUGAACGAUGGGGACGACGUGGAAGUAUACGAAUUAACCAAGUUCAAGCAGAACAAUGAAAGAAGAUUUCAGCUUGAACGUUGGCAGAGAACUGGCGGGGUCAUUAUUCUUGGCUACGAAAUGUACAGAAAUCUGUCGAACCCACCGAAAAAAGUAAACAAGAAAGUGAGGGAAUCAUUUUUCAAAUGUCUGGUUGAACCAGGACCUGAUUUAGUUAUCUGUGAUGAGGGGCACUUGUUGAAGAGUGAAACUACAGCGCUCAGCAAGGCAAUGAGUAAAAUAAAGACGCUUAGGAGAAUAGUAUUGACAGGUACACCGCUCCAGAAUAAUCUUACAGAGUAUCACUGCAUGGUGCAGUUCGUUAAGCCUAAUUUACUCGGUACUAAGAAGGAAUUUUUGAAUAGGUUCGUUAAUCCCAUUCAGAAUGGGCAGUUUGAUAAUUCCACUGAAUACGACGUUAAAUUGAUGAAAAAGAGGGCUCAUGUACUUCAUAAAAUGUUGGAGGGCAGUGUCCAGCGGUUUGACUACUCAGUACUGACUCCGUUCUUACCCCCUAAACAGGAAUACGUGAUAUUUGUCGAGCUGUCAGAUAUUCAAAUUAAAUUGUAUCAGUAUUACAUUGAUAAUCUAGCCAGGAAACACAGAGGAGUUGGUGGAUCACUAUUCGCUGAUUUUCAAGCACUUCAACGCAUCUGGACCCAUCCAAUCGCCAUUAAACUCAAUGCUGACAAGGCUGCUGAGAAGAAAACACGUGAGCUCAGUGACUCAGAGGGUUCGCUGAGGGAUUUCAUUGACGAUAACAGUGAUGAAGACAGCAGUGAUAGCAUUAGUACCAUUGGAUCGGCUGAUAGUUCAAAGAGUAAAAAGAGUGAUGUUGUUGUUAAACGUCAUACCAGGGGUAAUCCUGACGAGGAUGAAGUGGUGAUUGAGGAACCGCCACAGGAGCAGGAGUGGUGGACCCAGUUUGUCCAGGAAGAGCAUUUUGAAGACAUCAGAAUAUCAGCAAAACUACGGAUUCUGUUUGAGAUCCUCAAGGAGAGUGAGAACAUCGGUGAUAAAGUUCUUGUCUUCUCUCAAUCCCUGUACUCACUCACCCUGAUCGAAAGAUUUUUAGCUAUGAUUGACGAUGCGACACACAAUAAUUCUGACAAACCUUCGGAAUUGUUUGACAACCACACUGGCAGUUGGUCCCUGGGACUGGACUACUUUAGACUCGAUGGACAAACGACAACCGAAAACAGAAGUCUCUGGUGUAAAAUAUUCAACAGGCCAACCAAUACAAGAGCAAGAUUAUUCCUCAUAUCAACGAGAGCAGGUGGUCUUGGUAUCAAUUUGACAGCGGCCAACAGAGUUGUCAUUUUCGACGCUAGCUGGAAUCCAUCACACGACGUUCAGAGUAUAUUCAGAAUAUACAGAUUUGGACAGAAGAAACCGUGUUAUGUUUACAGGCUCCUGGCUGCGGGCACGAUGGAGGAGAAAAUUUACAACAGACAGGUGACGAAAUUAUCUCUGUCCUGUCGAGUUGUUGAUGAACAGCAGAUCGAGAGGCACUACACCCAUUCUGAUCUAGCUGAGUUGUAUACACUAGACUCCCCUCCGGAGAGACCGGAGAUCAUUGGUUGUCCGAAGGAUCGACUUCUUGCUGAGAUAUUCUCCAAGUACAAAGAUAUUGUUAUUAACUUCCACGAACACGACUCCUUGCUGGAGAAUAAAGCGGAUGAAGAAUUGGAUGAGGAGGAGAGAAAGCAAGCAUGGCUUGAGUACGAACAGGAGAAGGCUGGAAAGCCACCAGCGCAUCAAAUGAUGAACAUGGGCUUCAAUUACCAAGAUCAGAUGGCUCAGUACAAUCAACAGGUUGUCAAUACACUCGCCAAUGGCAACAAUAUGCACAUGGAACUCCUGAAUCUUCAGAAAUUGUAUGCUAAAGACUUUCCCAACAUGAGUCCUGAACAACAAAAAAUGAUGGCGACCAAGGCACUGAUGGAUAUGUACAAUUACAUGGAGACUCAAGCAGUUCUUUCCAGUAGGGUGGCACCUCAACUCAUGGGGACGCCUACACCGAGCUAUUCCAAUCCUACUAAUACUCUGGCUAAUCAGCUAGCUCAGGAGGCGUACACCAGGCACCACCAGCAGGCCAAACAAAUGACAGCUUAUCAGAAGCAGCUGCUUUAUGCUCAACAGUUUGGAAAUUUUAAAAGUAUAGCUGGAGGGCUUCAGAUAACUCCACAAAAUUCUAAUAUGUAUGGACAACAAACGGCCAUGGCGGGUAUGGCCGCUGCUUCCAGUGAUGGUGAUGUUAUUGAGGUAAUUCCCAAUCCAACACCAUCCAACAGCACAGCCCAGUCAUCAUCAGCUCAAAACAAACCCUCGAAGUAUCAAGAAGAGUAAUCAAGAGCUGACACGACACUAAUGAUAAAAUAAAUUACAAUUCAAAGAACUGCGGAGGUAAUGAACAAUUCUCCCCCAUAAGUUUCCUCCGACUUUUCUCAUUUAAAAAUAUGUCCUAAUGAAGGUUUAACUGUGACAGAAGAUUAGAUCAACUGAGGAAUAUUUUUUUUGUUUUGGAAGUAAUGGAGAACCUGUAGAACUCGGAUUUUUUUGUAAGUGCUUAAUUUUAAUUACCAUAGUUUUUUCAUUAUCAUUAUUUUUAUCGUAAAUAUAAUAAAAUAAAAGAGUUAUCGUUUGCCUAA